UUCUGUCUUUGUUAUCAACUGGCCUCGAAAAAUGGAAGCGCACUAGAAGUGAAUCUAGAAAGUACCAAAUUUAAUAUAGUAUGAUGGAAUUUCUGUAAGAUUAAUAAUGUUUUAGAAAUAACAAGUUCUUUCCCUUCAAACUGUUUUAUGACGGCAAGAGAUGGCCUCCAAAGAUGUCACAGUUUAUUUAAGUAACAUUAAUGUAGAUGAACCAGUUGACAGAUCAGAACAACAGUCAAGUGUACCCGACUCAUUGGAAAGAGUCCAGUUUACAAUGGAAGCUACUGAAAGAGGCCCUCCACCAACAUAUGAAGAAGCGAUGGACCCAUCCAGAGCUCCUCCACCUUCAUAUGAAUCAGUGAUAGGCAGAGUUAGAGAAGUACACAAACAGUCUUCUGGAACUAUAGAUUUUCUAAAAAAGCUAAUUAUUCUACUUGUUGGUACUAUUGGCUGUACCAUAGCAAUCGGUGUCAUGAUAUUUGUACCAGUAGCAAUGUUCCUCAUUGGAUUACAUUAUUUAAAUGAAUGCCCAGUUAACGUCUUUAUUCCAAUUUAUUUGCUUGUUGGAGGUUUUGUUGGUGUUCUCAAGCAAAUUUUGCAAAUAUUACACAGAAUAAAACGUGCUCGGAAUAGAAAUGAUAAUGAAGAAGAACCUAAAUCUUCCUUUCAAUCAGUAAUUACCUGCUUCAUGCUAUCUUGGUUUUUUUUAGGAACUUAUUGGGUCUAUAAAGAAUAUAAACCAAACUACGAUCCUCGCGAGGGUCCUUACUGUAACAAAAUAGUGUAUCUUUUUGCUUUUUGGCAAAUUACUGUUGUAUAUAUAACUCUUAGUUUACUUACUUUUUGUUUGUGUUCAAUUAGUUUAUGUGUUAUAACAUUUGCUCACUCUCAGAUGCGCAUGAAUAGGCUAGAUCAUACUUCAUCCCCAUAAAUUUAAGAUUGAUAAUUGUGAUUAAUGUGAAAUUACAUGAACAUUAAAAUAUAUGUAUAUACAUUUUAGUUGUUUUUCUUAAUUGAAGAAACUUUACUGCAGUUCUUUCUCAUAUCUAUCUAGGUACUGUAUAUAAUUUUUUAAAUUAUUAUCUUAUCUUAACUCUGCUUCCUAUAUAAUAAAUAUAUAACAGCAAUAUUUGAUAAAUACAACUAUAAUAUCGAAUAUUUAUUUUUUUUUUAGAAAAAAAUUCAAGUUAGAAAAAUGUUGGUUAUUUCUGGUAUAUUUAUGUAUCCCGUAAAUUUUUGCAGCAUUCUUCCACAGCACCAGCAAUUUAGUUAUUUAUUGCUAGAUAUCUAUUAAAUAUAGAUGCCAUUUUCCUUUGAAUUCUGACAAUUUAACUACAAUCCUGUUCUAAAAUAAUUUAUAGCCUCCUUGUAAAAAAAUUUCAAUUCAUUAAAAAUGACGAGGAAAUUAAAAUUAAAAAAAAAAGUUAAAACUCUAUUAUGUGAAUUAUUAAACCAGGUGAUAUAUUUACAAAUAAAAUAGAAUAUUCUUUUUCUUCCUCCUCUGUCCUUCUGCAUGGCGAUGCCUCGACCCAAGCACAACCAGUUCCUUGCCAAUGCCUCCAGUAAAUCUAGCCGCUGCUUUCCUUUCUUCUCUCCUUCUGAGCCACACUAUCCAAACACGAUAUCCUUGUCCUACCUCUUGGUUGAUCUGGCUUCGACAAAAUUGGGUGAUCCACAAUAUCCGUUUGGUACACAUUUUCUAUCUAUCUGUAUUUAUUGAGUUCUUUCAACCUCUCUUCAUAUCCAAGCUUCCUGACUCCUUUCCAUCAAUUAUGCCUUUAUUUUUUUAUGCGAGGAUUUAAUAAUGUCUAUUAAUUCCACAGGAACGUUGUUUGCCUUCAGUGCAUUCUAUAUUUUGGUUCGUGGUACAGAAUCAAAAGAGGCCUAGAAGUCUUAAGAAAAGCUAGGUAUAGAUUUUUAUCUCGAUCCCAAGACUUCUCUAUAGUUGUCCUCAAAGAAAAUAUCUGAGUUUAUCUAAGGGAUCUGAGCGCGAUUUGCUCUUAUUUUUCCACUAUGACUUUGGGUCACUUCUCAAUGAUUGAUUUAUACAAUUUUGGGGCAAGCAAUAUUGGUCUUUUGUUGUUACAGAUGCUUUGGCUUCCAUUUUUAUGGAUUUGUAUGAUGACAUUAUUCUUACAAUCUUUUUCUUUUCUCGUCAUAUAUUUUCUGAAAUAAGCCCUGUAGCACUCAAUCACUCCACGUCCUCCGUUUUUAUCUUUUUCCAUAAAUCUUAUGUUUUCAUUAUAAUCAUUCUGUAGAUUUCUACCCCCAGCUCUUCUUUUUAGCCUUCUCACUACUAAUUUUUCUUUUUUUCUCUGUGGAAAUGUCAAUCUCUGUAUAGUUCCCAGGUUUGGUAAUUUUUGCUGUUUAGGUAUGUGUUCGAUGAGAUUUUCUUCUUUUGUACAGCUGUUUUCACAAGUUCAUUUUCCAUUGAAGUAAUAUUUCUUGCUGUCACAUAUCAUUGUUCCAACCUGCAAAAUCUUAUGUCUGACAUCUUUCACAUCUCAUCCAACAGUGCAACAAAGUUAAUUUUCUGUAGUUUUGUUCAAAGUUCUUUUUCAUACCUUUCUAGAAUUUGUGGAUUCUGAAACUAUGAAAUAUCAAUUCUUCUAUGUAAUAUUUUUGAUGUUUUCGUGGCUUAAGAAUUUCCGUAUCAGUUGCAAGCAUCAUUUGGUAUUAGAUGAUUUUCUUUGCUCUUAUGACCUUUAAAUCUAAAAAAAGUCUUCUGAUAUUUAUACUGUACAGAAAAUAUUCAAUAAUGCUAUUAGCAUUCCUUUUUUGGUCAUUGAAAGUAAUUAUUUUAUUUUUUUUUUGUGGGAAAAUAGGGUGUUCCCAAUCAGUAGGUUAAUGUCCAAGCAGAAAUCAAUCUGACCACUUGUAGUUUUUUGUUUCUUCACCACCAUAUUUUUCUAUUACCCCAUGAGGUCAGCUGAAAUCAUUUUCUGUUCUUGUGUUAAGGUCACCCGUUAUAAUUAUCUUCCUAUUCUCAUUCCUUGCCCUUAAUAACUUCUCGUUCCAAUUUAGUAUAGAAUUGUUCCUUUUCAAGGGUGUCUGCAUCCUCAGCAGGGGUAUAUAUCUGGAUAAAAAUAAUUGCUUUGUUGUUAUUUUUACAAAUACAUAGUUACAAACCUAAAAGAUACAGUGUUCCAUUUUUCUUCCUUUGCGAAAAUAUUAUCCUUCAUGAUUAUUCCUACUCCUUCUUUAGAUGUGGUAUUCUUUACAUAUAUCAUAGUAUGGUUCUUGGGUAGUCUUAGCUCUCUGUCACCCGUUUUAUUCAUUUUGCUUAAGCCUAGGAUGUCCACAUAGUAGGCCUUCAUCUCCACUGAAAUCUCUUCUUUCUUCCACUUAAGUGUCUGUAUGUCCUGUGAUUUAGGGCUUGUCAAAUGUCAUAUGAAUGCAAUGGUGUAACUGUUAAAUUCAAUCCUGUCUGAGUCUUCUUAAUAAGCUUUGAAUCAGUUAAACUACUUUGCAGGUGAUUAGGAUCGGGACAACUGGUCUUUUGAAUAUUGAAUAUUUAUUCCCUCAGAUGAAGGGUGGCCAGGCUAUGCCCCUCUCCCGCACUGGGUACCUGUUGGUCCAUAAGACAGUGCUGAGCUCACUCAAAGGAUGCACUCUCUAGGAGUUUCAGGUUUCACCUAGAGAAAUAGAAUUUUAAUGUAAUAAUUAAUUGUAAACCACAUGAGUUUCUUAAUUAAUUCUUUUCAUCGAUGAUUCAAAUUUUCCACCCAUGUUUGCUCUCAAAAUAAUGGCAAUCACUCUUGAGUAAAGUGACUCUAUAUUUUUAGUUUUUUAUUUAAAAUUUAAAUUGGAAAGAUAAAUUUAAAACUACUCUUAGAUAUAAUUUUAUAGCAUUUCCGGUAAUAUCUUCCUAUAAUUUUUUUAGCAAAUAUGAAUAAAUGAAUAAUUUUAAGUAUAUAUACUUAUUUACACUAAAAUUUAUGAUAAAAUGAAUGUUUCUUUUCAUUUUUUAUUCAGAUAUGAUCAUUUCUAUGGUAAUGAGUUGUAAAAUUUAAGCACUGUUGAAUUUUUUGGAGGAUCUAUUUUUUUUUCAUUUUACAUCAUAUAUAUGAAACAAUAUGACGAAAUAAUAUAUGACUGAAAAUUAAAUAUUAUUUUUAAAGAGGUUUACUGUUACUGUGGUUAAUUUUAUUUAGACUGCUUAUUUCAUUUUUUUUUUUUUUAUUUAUACCAUUAUACCAAGCAUGGCCUUUAGCUAAUGUGGUCCAAUCUCUUGCCCUAAAGAGUUCUUCGUUUACACUUUCGGCUUAUAUUUUUCUGCAUAACAUUGAGUCAAAUUUUUGAGCUGAUUGCUUAUCAGUAAAAUUAUUUAUAUCUUGUAAAGUUUUUAAAUAAAAAAUUAUUGAAUACUCAAGCUAAGUUGUGAACUGUUACAUUAUCAAGAAACUUGUUAUUAGUUUUUUCCUCUAUUAUUUUUUUGAUAUCAUUUGUGAAAUCUCUGUUUUUUUUAUUAUAAAUUAGCAUUAUUGAUGAAUAUGCUGCAUAACUUAAAUUUUGAUUAAGUAUUGAUCUAAUUUUUUUUUCUCUUCCCCUUCAUUAAAAUUAUCCUUGUUAGUGGUUGUAUACUCGACAUGUUAUGUAAAGUAUGAAAUCAAAAGCUUCCAGUUUUUAUUUUAUUUUAUUUUUUUAUCUAAUAAUGAUCAAUUAAUUAAAGGUACUCGCUUUGGUGGUACAUAUACUAAAAUUAAUUAAAAGUUAUAAUGCACAAAUGAUCUAAAGGGGCCUUAUAUUGCUAAUAUAAUGCCAAUUAACUGAUUAAGUACAAUGGGUUACAGUGACAAAUGCUCAACUUCUAAAUUUUUAAACAUGAUUUUUAUUCAAUGUAAAUAAUUUAACGUGUUUGCAGAAUUUUUUUUUAUCAUAUAUUUUUAUGUUACUGUUAAUAUGUUUUGUCUUUGCUGUGAUUUACUUUACACAAUUUUUAAGAACUUACUCUCUUAAAGUUUUAUGUUAUUUUUCUUAAUGCAUAAUUAUUAUAUUUCCUCUCAUUUUGGAAAGAUAAGGAUGAUUUAAUCAGUCAUUUUCAUUUUUUUUUAGUUUUCACUUUUCUGUAAUUUGUUUGGAUUUGAUGAGUAUAAAUCCAAAACUAGUCUACUCCUGUUUAAAUUUUUUAAAUUAAAACAUUCUCAGUACUAUCUGCAUUAUCAUGAGGUGAAAUGAUUUCUUUUAAAUGGCAUGUGAUUUAACAACUGUUUUUGAAAUAAUUUUUUUUUUUCAUGAUAGAUUUAGCUUGAAAACUGUUUAUUUAAGACAGCAAAAAUUAAAAAAAACAACAACAAUAAUAAUGGAAAUAGAAUUGGCUGCUUUUGGAAUUAUAUACUUCAUCUAAUCUAAUAUGUAAUACCUAAAUAUUUAUUGUAAUAUUGUUGAAAUGUAUACAUUAUAUUUUGUUUCUUUCUUCAUUGUUGAGUGAUGCAAAUGAUUAUAUUAUUUGAUAUUCUGUAAUAAUAAAUGGCAACUUACAAAUAUAAUGUGAGAGAAGUAAUUAUACUUUGAAACAGGAGUCUAUAAAUUUGUUUUAUAGUGUAAAAUAAAUAUUCAUAAAAACAGUAACAUUCUGUAUUUACAUAUGUAUAUUCUAUGUGGUACUAAAGUAGUGUUUUCAUUAUUUAUUGCCCAUUAGUUAAGAAAAAUAAUAUGUUGAGAUUUCAAAAUCAAAAUUAAUCAGUUUUAUUAUUUAAAACUAAGAAUACUAGUCACUUUAUGACUUAUUGAUUUAAUAUCUAGUGUAAGUAUUUUAUUAAAUUGAUUUUUAUCUUCUGUAUAUUAGUUUUUAUUGAUAACUUGUAUGGUUCUAAAAUCGAAUAAGACUGAUGAGUGAUAUGUUAUAAUGGUAUGUAUAUACUAUCAUAAGCAGAAUGUUGACUAUAAUUACUUUAUAUAUGUUUUAUUUUAUUUUUUAUGGUGUACAUUCAGAUAAAAUAUUUUUAAUUUAGCUUAUUUUUGUCUAGCAGAGUAACUGAAAAUUAUUUUUGGUACAUAACAUACUAUAUAUUUUUAUUAUUAGUAACUUUCUGUGGAAUUGUUAUUUUCUAUUUUGUUAGUGAACUAUAUAUAAAGGGGAAAACAUAUUAAUAUCU